AUGCCUCUUCCAGAGGGUCCCGAGCUUGGACGCCAGACGUACGCUUCGCCUGAGUACACGGGCGCCAAGAGGGAGCCGGAGAGCAUCGUGAACCCGUAUCAGCUGAGCUUCGGUGCCGUGUGCGGCAUCUGCGCCGGCGUCUUCAUCAAGAAGGGCCUGAAGCUCAUCGCCUUCCUUCUGGGCGGCGGCUUCGUCUUCCUGCAGUAUCUCUCAUCGCAGCGCGUCGUGUCUGUCGACUGGUUAAAGCUCGGUCAGCGAUACAGCAACGUGCUCGAGUCGAGCGCUGGCGGGCCUGCGGACCCCAAGGCAAAGGGGUGGAGCGGAUCGAUGGGUGCGAGGAUCUACCAUCGCUUCGUGGACUUUUUGACUGCCAACUUCCAGGAGAGGGCAUCGCUGUUGGCGGGUCUGGCGUUGGGGUUGCGUCUCGGCUGA